UACUCCACAUGUCAGCGAUGACGAUAUGAGCACUGAAAAAGAUGAUGAUGAUGAAAAUCAAGAAGAGUUACCUAAACAUGCCCCUGUUUCUUCUUCAUCAGCUAAUCCUCAAAUGAAAUUACAACUGCAUAACAUUCCUCCUAUACCAUUGAGUUCUUCAUCAUCAGCAUCAUCAAUUAAUGACAUCCUCUCACCGAAACCUACUUCACCAGGCCACACCAUUCAUCCUCCUCCUACCACUGCUACCUCCAUUUCCUCAGGAUCCUUUCCCAGAUUAAUACCAAUACCUAAUAUUAGUACUAAUGCUACACUGGCCCAUUCAUUAUCACGACCUGCUUAUAAGAAGAGCAGUAAAGAGGGGAGCAUUAGUCUAUCCAGUGCUCCUCUUUCGGCCAUUAUUAAACCAACCGAUCCUCCCCAGUCUAGUAUCAAAGAUGGCCCUAGUGAUCAUAGUUUUGUAUCAAGUGCUUCAUCUGUCAGUGAUAACACCUCUCCUUUUAAGAUUGACUCUCAGAGCCAGUCAGAGAUGACUCAAAGCAAGAGGCAAGUGUCACAGGAGGGACUUCAAUCGUUGCCUGUGUGCAAUUCAACAUCGUCUGAUAUUAUAGAGAAACAAGGUUCCAAUCAGCAGUUUCUCCUGUUGUCUCAAGGCAAGGAAGAGGAGGAAGAUGAGGAUUUGACAGGUUCAUUUAAAGUUGAUGCUUCAGUCUCGAGAUCACUUGAACACAUUGAAUCAGAGCCAGUACCAGCACCUCCCCUAGUCUCUGAUGGAGGCUUAGUCUCAUCUAAUGGACACUUGAAACAGGUUUUAUCCACAGCAGUGCUGCCAAAGACAAGUUCAUUAUCAACUCCAAUCACUCCUUCAUCAUCAGUACCAUUAGUGGCUCAUUCAUUCUCUGAUGGAUCAGUAGUUAAUCCUUUGUCAUUAUUACCUACUCCACUACCAACACUCACUGCAGGAGGACCAGUACCCAGUAAAAGUACCGAAGGAAAGAGUUUACAAGAAUUAUUGAGAACUCUAGCAGUUGAAGAAUUAACUAGCGCAGUGUCUAGUAAUAUCAUGAAGAGCAGUGCCGAUAAUGAGAAGCCUACCCCCUCGGUUUCUAAUGAAUCGUCUAUUCCUGGAUCACCUCUACCUUCAUCUCAACCAAAGCAGAGUGUUCUUCAAAAUGAGCUUAUGCAGCAGGAGGCUGAGCAGUGGAAGACUGCUUGUGAAGAGGAGAGAGAAAGAGUAAGAGAACUAGAGGAACAGAUCAAGGACCACGAAAGAAGAAAAGAUAAGCUUCAACUUGACUAUGGCCAGCAAAUUAAGGACCUCAGAAAGGAACUGUUAGACCUUAGAGCAAAGCUACGCAAAUCAGAAUCAGAGAAAGUAGAGCAUAAACCCAGUGUGAGUAACGAAGAGCAAGAGCGUUUGAUUCAAGGCUAUCAGAAGGAAAACGAGCGUUUGUAUGCUGAAUUGACACUAACAAGUAAAGAGUUUAAAUCUACUAAAGCACAGUUACUUGAAGACAACAACAAACUAGCAACUGAACUAGCAAACAUGAGAGCUAAGCAUGAUGGCCAGGAUCAGGUGAUUAGACACCUGAGGCAACAGAUUGAAUCAUAUUCAUAUAAACUACACACUGACACUAACAAUGAUGAUGAUAUCAAUAUUAGAAAGAAAUUAGAAGAAUCUGUAGAUAACUGUCAGAAACUACAAUGUCAGUUAGAAGAGGUCAUUGCUGCCAAUAAAGGAUUGGAGGAACAGCUACUAGCAGUACAGAUAGAGAAGCACGAUUCUGUUGAAGGGACACUAAUUAAUGAAAUAAAAGAUACAUAUGAUAGAGAGGUGAGUCAGUUACAAAUGAAACUCAAAACAGCAAAGGAGGAUUAUGAUAGUUUAAGAAGGCAGAGUGAAGCAUUGCUUCAAGAAAAAGAUGCCGAACUGAAAUCUAUUAAAGACUCAAUGACAGCAACAAAACAACAACAAAAGAAAGAUGAUAGCUAUACAUAUCAAAAGGGAGUGAGAGGAGGAGGAGGAGGAGGAGCAAGAGGAGGAGGAGGAGGAGGAGGAGGAGGAGGUCCUCGUUUGAUUAAGUCUCGUGCAGUCGCUGAUUCAAAGCGUAUCAAGGAAUUAGAGCAUCAAGUUAAUGAGCUUCAGUUAGCAUUAAAGAAGAGACACCCUAACUCCAUACCAGCACUGAUCUAUGCUACUAAUAAUGAGGCAGAGAGGAAGGAGCCAUCAGAAGGGAUUGUGUCUUACUUAGAGAGUAAAGUACAGAGACUGGAAGGAGAACUGGGAGCAAGGGAGGAAGAAGUGACAAGAAAGAUGGAAGAAAUGAAAAAGCAGUUUGAGGAAAUGGAGUGUCUUUAUGAGGAGCAAAUUGAUUCAUUAAAGAAUCAAGUGUCACUAGUAGCAGCUCAAGCCAAGUCGGACUCAAGAGGAGCAACAAGAGAAAGCAGUGUAUCGACUGAGGAGAAGACAUUGAAAUCAGAAAAUACACAACUAAAAGAGCAGGUUUCAAAACUGACACUAGAAAUAAAGCAUCAGAGACUCCAGUUGGAAGGACUGGCUGCUCAAGCUGAGGGAGAGAGAAGGAAAACCAAAGAAAAGUGGGAACACAAGAUUAAAAAAAUAGAGAAAGCAUAUUCUGAGAAAAUGGACAGUCUUGUGGCUAAUCUUGUUCAAGAGCGCUCCGACUCUAACCUUGCCCGUUUAAAGACUCGUCUAGCUUCACGUGAAGCAAGGAUCAAACAGUUAGAGCAAGAAAUAGAAAUACUGAGAGUUGACGAGGAAGCAGUGGCAGUAACCAAGUCACUGGAGGAAGAACUAAGGAGUCAAGUUGAAUUGUUAACUAGUGAACUUGAAGAGUCUAAGAAACACCAUACACCAGAAAUGCAUCAUUUUAACUCACUUCUAGCAAAGAUAAGUCACCUGGAAAACAAGUUAAGUGAGUAUGAGAAAAGACUGCAAGAGACUGCAGACAAAUCUGGUCUAGUCCCACAAGAACAGUUGAAGCAACUUGAACUCAAAUACAGGCGCCAGUUGUCUGAGAAGAAUAAACAAAUUGAUAAGUUCAGAGAAGAAUUAGAUACACUGAUGGACACAUUGUAUUCCCUGCAGGAAAGUAACAGUGUCAUUAAGAGAUAGUUCAUAACUUAUUAUUACAAACUAUUCAAGAAUACUCUUGCUGUAUUUAUUAUAUUAAACUUAAGCAGUGAUGAGAAGCACU